AUGCAGAUAACACAACAAAUUCCGGUCCCUGUCCCUCAGCCCGUACCGGUGACCGUCAACAGACCCGUCCCUGUGCCCGUCCCCGCCCCUUACACCGUGUCUGUCCCUCGUCCUGUCCCUGUCAACGUGCCCCAGCCUGUCUCUGUUACGGUAGUAAGGCCGGUCCCUUACACCGUGAACAGUCCCGUCCCUGUCCAUGUACCUCAACCCAUCCCUGUCCCUGUACCUCAGCCAUACGCCGUCCCCGUGCCUCACGCUGUUCCCGUGCAUGUACCUCAGCCUGUAGCCGUCCCCGUGCCUCAUGAGGUGACUGUGGAGGUGCCUUACCCUGUGGUGGUUCCUACUGGAGGAGGACUUGGGGCGGGUGGCGCCGGACUGGGACACGGAUUCGGAGGAUCUUCAGGGUUUGGUCACGGCUCUGCGGGGGGCUACGGAAAACACUAAAUUUCACAUUGGCUUUGCAGAAUUCAUCCGCCGAUCUUAAUUUUCCCACAGCAAAUAAAACUAUGGACAUCGUGAGACGUUAUGCAAUGUGACUGAUGGGUGUGAGGGUCUUAUCGUCUCUUGUACGCAUUGGAAAUAAAAUUACUUUACUUAUUUUACAUA